CCCUGGGGCAGACUUCGGCUCCACUUCCUCAUCAUUGUUAGGGAAGCCCCAGACAAACCCUCUUGCUCGACACCAUGGUGCACUGGUCAGCCGAAGAGAAGCAGCUCAUCACCGGCCUCUGGGGCAAGGUCAAUGUGGCCGAAUGCGGUGCCGAGGCCCUGGCCAGGCUGCUGAUCGUCUACCCCUGGACCCAGAGGUUCUUCGCUUCCUUCGGGAACCUCUCCAGCCCCACUGCCAUCCUCGGCAACCCUAUGGUCCAUGCCCAUGGCAAGAAAGUGCUCACCUCCUUUGGGGAUGCCGUCAAGAACCUGGACAACAUCAAGAAAUGUUUUGCUCAGCUGAGCAAACUCCACUGCGAGAAGCUGCACGUGGACCCCGAGAACUUCAGGCUCCUGGGUGACAUCCUUAUCAUCGUCCUGGCCGCCCACUUCGGCAAGGACUUCACCCCCGCCUGCCAGUCCGCCUGGCAGAAGAUGGUCCGUGUGGUGGCCCAUGCGCUGGCCCACGAGUACCACUGAGCAUCCCGCAAGCAUUCAUGCCCGGAGAUGCUCCCGGCUCACGGGGAAACAUCCUCUGGUUCUGCUGGUCUCUAAUUGCCAAAUAAACGCCAACUGCUUCAGCCAUG